AUGAGCCAAUCGUUGCCGACAAACCCCAUCUUGAGUUUGUCGUUCCGCAUGCUUCUUCGCCGAUUCGCUGCCGCCACCUCCCGCGCGUCUGUCGCUCGCUUCUCCUCGCGCGGUGGAGCUUCUCUCGUGAAGGAACUGGCGGAGCACGCUGAGUAUGAACAGUUGAUUGCUCGUCCGGACGCCAAGAGCGUCGUGUACUUCACGGCCGCAUGGUGCGGCCCGUGCAAGAUGAUCUCGCCCAUUUACGCGAACCUCAGCAACAAGAACGAGGACAUUUCAUUCGUCAAGGUCGACGUGGAUGAACUUGACCACACCGCCCACGUCGCUGGUGUCCGGUCGAUGCCCACCUUUCAAUUCUAUGCGAAUGGCAAACUCCAACAAUCGCUGGGGUUUUCCGGAGCCGACCCGACGCUGUUGGAAUCGAACGUCAACAAGUUGAAGACCUUGUAGCUCCAAAAGCGAAAAGGCUGACAUGAACACAGACGGGUUGUGGUGGGAAGGCGAGCUAUAGACCGAGUACAAGUACACAAUGCACUCGAAAACGCGUUGGAUGCGUGUACUUGACCUCAUCAAGAAAUAAACCUCUAGCUAUGACCAUGCCUUUGAACGUUCCUGCUGGUUAACUAAACUUGCGAAUUUGGCAGAGUAUGGCCGACUACUGUAGCA